AUGCAUUCGAGUGAAUCAAAUACCCCGGAAAUGACACCGAGCGCAUCACGACCCAUCGACGAAUUCCCUUCCAUUGCCGAGGCAUCUUCACAAUCGUCACUGGAGCAGGAAGACGUUAAUUGUCCAUGCGAUUCCCAUGCAGGGAAGUUACUUCUGGACAACGUCUAUCCGCUAAGUGUAGAAGAGAUCUACGAGUUGCUCUUCACUGAUAGCCCUUGGUUCAAGAAAUUCAACGAGGCAUUGAAAAACUCAGGCUACAUCGCUUCGGCUUGGACAACCGACAAAGAUGGUGUACGAUCACGAACGUGCACCUAUACAAUGGCACUAAAUCAUGCGAUGGCACCGAAAAGCUGUGUGGUGACAGAAAAACAGAUAAUAUCCCAUUUUGGACGACAUGGUGAUGGUUUUAUUGUGAAUAAAGAGACACAAAACUCUGGUGUUCCUUACGCUAAUGACUUCACAAUUCAAUGUAUCUACUGUGUCUCCAAAAUCAGUGACCAUGAGGCUCGAAUUAAAGUUCAUGGUGGCAUCGUGUACAAAAAGAAUAUCUGGAGUGUGGUUCGAGGUUACAUCGAGAAGAGUACCUACCAGGGCCUGGACGAUCACUACAGUGCAUUGGAAAAAAUGCUAAGAGAUGAAUGUCAACGGAAAGCCAUGCGACCGGUUGGAAACCAAGAUGCUGUCGAUCGAUACGAUGAGGAGAGGUACGGUAGACAACGCAAGUGGCGUUCAAAGACGCGUGCGAUCGCGGUGCGGCUUGGUCAAUGGAUCGAUAUUACCCCAUAG